GACCAUCUGGCGCGAAGCGCGUCAAUUUCGAGAGAAGCCAUCCCGUCAACCUCCAAUUUCAAGCAGCAAAAAGCAUGGCGGCAAGUGGUAAUCCGUUGUUUUUAGUGGUGGUGUGUGGUGGUGAUGUCCAGCAGUCAAGCUUCCAGUAUCACCUAGGUAGGCAAGACCUUGGCCCUGUUGUGGGUUGAGUGGUGGGUUGGGAAUUCGAGGCUGAUGAUUGCCUGUCCUACGACCAAGCAUGGUAGUGUUUAGUUCCAGUUCCAGCAUUCUGCGUUCACAUCUGAGAUCCUCUAAGACCGAGAUUGAGGCUAUAGUGUCAUCACAAGUAGUAGAUAGACUUUCUGCUUGAGGUUUCGCUUGACUUCCGGCAAUGUGAAGGCGACUUCUUAUCUUCUGCCGUUGGACUUCGACCCCCCUUCACUAAUUCGUAGCAUUUUAGGGCUCCACCCCAGUGCUCGUGUUCCUAGUCUGAACAAAACAGCUGAUAGCGUUUCCCUUGGAAGCAUCGUGCUUAACUUUGUAUCUAAGCCUCGAGCUUUCGCAUUUACUUUCUCACAUGGUGCCAGAAAUUACGAUACAUUGAGCGGGUUAAUAGGUCCAUAAUAAGGCGUCUUGUCAGAACGAAGAUGGCGAUGGAGUAUUUGCGAAAGCUAGACGACGCGGCCUUCGCUACUCAGGAGAUGGACCUGGUUCUAGAGCUGGAGUCUCGAGUCGAGCAGCUAGAGAGUGCAAAUAAGGAGCAGGAGAAGGAAAUAUCGUCGCUAAGAACACAGCUCGCAAUGACCGAGGAGAGCCUUCAGCGCGAGAAGGAGGCGUCGGUGCGUCUCCUGCAGCUGCUGCAGCAGGAGCGCGAGGCACGGUCGGCCAUGGCGGCGGUGAGAGAGGAGGACCGCGUACUUUCGGACGCGGAUAUGGCGGCACUGAUGCACAAAAACCGGGAGCUCGAGGACGUCCUCCGGAGACUAGAGGAAGAUGUGGAGGCGAUUUCGCAGGAGAAAGAUUCUCUGAUGAAAGACCGAGACGGGAUGGCGGUUGAGUCAAGCUCGUUGUGCGAGCGGCUGGAGGAGGCGGAGGCGGCGAGCGAGAUGCUGAAGCGGGAGAACGAGAACCUGGAGGCGGAGCUGGUUGCGGCGCGCAAGUCACGAGACACGUACUGGAACCACAGCAUCGCGCUGUACCAGGAAAAGACGAGGCUGGAGGAGCAGCUCGCGAUGAUGAAUAAGAUCACAAGCACCAUGACUGGAUCCACAGCUAGGCAAAGGGCAGCAGCGCGUCACUCCUUAGCGGGUACAGCAGGCACCCCAACUAAGCAGGGUCCGAAUCGGGGGACCACACCCACGCGCACUCAAAACCAACAUCAGCAGAACCACCAGCAGCAGAACCAGCAGCAGCAGCAGUUUCAAAACUACUCCAACCCUCUCCAGGCUCACAUAUCCUCGAACCCCCCAUUGCCUCAGUUUUCAUCCUCGAAACUAACAGAUCCGCUUGAGCUACCAUUAGACUACUCCUUCCAUGACAUGCAGCCUACAAUGAACCAGCAGUUUCCAGGGCCCCCAGGCGCCCCUUGCUUGUCGCCCACCCGAGCCGACAAUCCAUCUGUGAGGAGCUUAGGCGGGCGAGAAAGCAUGUCUGGAGGUAGAAUUGUCGGAUCAGGGGCAGGGGCAGGGGCUGGGGCAGGGAGUGCGGCUGCAGCGACAGCAUUGAGGAGGCAAUCAGAGAUUCCGAGUGGGUUGAUUCACUCUUCAGGCAGGCAGCUUCAGCAGCAGCAGCAACAGUCACAGCAGCCGCAGCAGAACCAGCAACAGAAGCAGCAGGCAACACAUCCGCCCAGCCUCAUCCCCUCUCCUGCUUCUUCAGCCCGGCUCAACUCCGAACGAUCCUCCAUAUGCAGCUCCCCACGAAGCCCUGUCAAAGCAGGCUCGGGGGGAGGCGGAGGAGGGGGCAGAGCAGGAAGCGGAGGAGGCGGAGGCGGAGGCGGGGGAGGGGGAGGGAGAGGGGGAGGGGGAGGGGGAGGAGGGGGAGGGGGAGGAGGGGGAGGGGGUAGAGAAGGUGGGCUGGAUGGGAGCAGUGAGUUCAUGGAUGAGAAUUAUAAGUCCGGGGUGUCCUGGGGAAGUGGGGGGAACGAUGUGGGGGAGUCAGGAGAGGAGGAGUCUGUGGGGAGUACCACCAUGAUUCCACAGUUCACUGGCAGCAGCAGGCUGCCUGUGCCUAAUGCAGUGAACAUGAGCCGUGCUGGUAGUGGAGGGAAGGUUUGGCGGUAGCAAGGAGAAGUACGAUGCUGUGUAUCGCCGUGGGAGGUAGCGGAAUGAUGUGGGGGAGUCAGGAGGGGGAGGAGUCUGAGGAGUACCACCAUGAUUCCACGCUUCGCUGGCAGCAGCAGGCUGCCUGUCCCGGCUGCAGGGAACAUGAGUCGUGCUGGCAGUGGAGGGAAGGUUUGGCGGUAGCAAGGAAAAGUGAAAUGUUGUGUAAUCACCGUUGGAGCUGCGGAUCGAUGUGGGGAAAGUCAGGAGAGGAGGAGUCUGGCAGCAGCAUGCUGCCUGUCCCUGCGGCAGUGAACGGUGCCCGUGCUGGCAGUGCAGGCAAGGUUUGGCGGUAGCAAGCCUUUGAGAAAAAGAAAAGGCACCGUAUCAGCUUUGGAGGCAGGGGGGGGGAGUCAGGAGGGGAGGAUUCAGGAGGGGAGAACCAAAGGAAUGGGUUCCAGGGUGCACUGGCAGCAGUAGGCUGCCGGCCUUGCCUGUCCCUGAUGCUGUGAACGGUGUCGUUCUGGCAGUGGAGGCAAGGUUUGGCGAUAGCAAGGUACUCCAGGUUUGGCGAUGAUAUUGUGGAGAUCGUAUGCGCUUUCUGCAUAGCUUGCAAUGAGCCCCUACUUUCACCGUCUUCUACAAUUACGACGACCAGUAUGGGGCAGGUCGGUGCAUAUGAAAGGAGUGCGCAGGUAUCAUGGUACUGACCUCGUGCAUCGGGAAUCUUGUGAAUGGUCUCCUCUCUCAGAAUAACGCAAUGACUAGAAAGGAGAGUACAGGGUGAUUUUGUGCUAGUGUGUUAUACCCUCUAAGAAACAUGCGCCUAUCUAGCCUAUAAUAACAUAAACAAAUACGU